UGUAAAUCUGCAGCCCAAAGGGCUGGAUGUUUAUUUGAAAACACGCCCACUACUUUAGGGUGAAUCAAGGUCAUUCACAAAUUCACCAUCAGCUAUGGCCAAUUGUCUACGCCAGCCAAUGGGCGAAGAGAUGAGGUGAUCCCCCAACACCCGCAACUGUGAUUAGGAAAACCUGUGGAGCAGGACAAGGAGAGGGACAUUUGAGCUUGAAGGUGAGUUAAGUGCAGUAGUGUUAAAACAACUUGGUGGAGUAGGCCGUAGGCGUAUUGGUGGUUAUGUAGCACCAAAACUGCAACUGCCCAGACCUACACUUUUCGGACAAUAUCACCAGAAACGGACUUUUCGCCGGUUUUUCCCCCCUGGAGUGCUUUUCCUACCCCAUCCUUCAUUGGUGUGUGCGCAUACGUGAAGCGGGUGGUUUAGAAUCAGUCUCCACUGACUUUUUCCAAGUUUUAAUUUUGGACGUUCGCUUUUAUAUACUUUUUAAGCUGUUUGGAAGAUGUCUGAAAGAUCGCAUAGUCCGGAAAACCAAAUCCGUCCGUAUGACUUCAGCCGGGCCAACCAUUGCGGCCAGCUGCUGGGUCAUGAAGGUUUGGGCAGCGGUGGGCCGUUCCAGCUUCCCCACGGUGUCCUGACAGACCCGAGUCUCCUCUACAACAAGUCCGCAUACAGUGGCUUCACAUCGGCGUCUGCGCAGACCUUUUUCCCUUUCCCAUCCGUCAAUGGGGACUACAGGGGAUCCGACCUGCAGGCCGGAGAUUUUGGGCAAACCAAACAUUGGUAUCCCUUCGCUGCUCCCGAGUACACCGGCCAGGUACCCGGGGCAACAGCAGCUACCCAGCCUUUAAACCUGAGUCCCCCCAUAGCCGAGACACGGGAGCAGAUUAAACUCCCCGCAAUAAAGAUUGAGAAGGACAUCGAUGAUUACUCCACGGAGGUUAAGAUUCAGCAGUACCAAUCAGCAGCCUCUGCUGCCAUGUCCCAUGGAGUUUUCUACCCGGCCUGGAACCCCUCCUUCUGGCCCGGCAUCAACCACAUCACACCGCCCGCCAGCAAUAAUCAAAAUCCCUCGACAUCCUCGGCAUCUUCACCCUCCAUGUCCCCCUCACCCCCAAGCAACGGGCUUCCGGAAAACUCGUUUUUCAGCGUGAACACAACCCAGGCCUCCGCCGGGCCGCAGACGCAGAACCCGGCCUCUUCAACUAGGAGCAGUGGGUCCUCCAGCGGUGGAUGCAGCGACUCUGAGGAGGAGAAUCUUUCAACAGAAGAACUAGAGCAGUUUGCAAAGGAGCUGAAACACAAGCGCAUAACAUUGGGUUUUACCCAAGCUGAUGUCGGUCUUGCCCUAGGAAACCUUUAUGGUAAGAUGUUCAGCCAGACGACCAUUUGCCGCUUUGAGGCUCUGCAGCUGAGCUUCAAGAACAUGUGCAAGCUGAAACCCCUUCUUCAGAGAUGGCUGAAUGAGGCAGAGACCUCAGACAAUCCCCAGGAUAUGUACAAGAUUGAGCGAGUAUUUGUUGACACCAGAAAGAGGAAGAGGAGGACCAGUCUGGAGGGAGCAGUGCGCUCUGCUCUUGAGACCUACUUUGUUAAGUGUCCGAAGCCAAAUACCCAGGAGAUCACUCACAUCUCAGACGACCUGGGUCUGGAGAGAGAUGUCGUACGUGUGUGGUUCUGCAACCGAAGACAGAAAGGAAAGCGCCUGGCCGUGCCACUAGACGAAGAGUGUGAUGGCCAGUACUACGAGCAGAGUCCUUCCCCACUGAAUAUGGCCCAUUCCCCCAUUCCAGGCCAGGGCUACCCCCUUUCCAGCUACCAGCUAGGAGGCGCCCCUCCUCCCACACUUUACAUGCCCCAGCUGCACCGGCCCGACAUCUUGAAACAGGGCCUGCACCACGGACUGGUUAGUCACCUGACUGGAUAAAAGUGUUCAUGUAGUCCCAGACAUAACCACAGAUUGCCCACCCAAGCCUCUCUGUCCAAGAAGAAGUCUCGUAAGCAGUAACCCAAUCAACCAAACGCAUUGGCAGGUCUUGGGAUAAAAACACUCCUAGUUUAGAGGCUCUUUCAACUUUGAGAUG